UGGAGCCUCCUUGAUGAGGGUCAGAGACAGCUGUACCUGAAUGUGAUGCUGGAGAACUUUGAACUUAUAUCCUCUCUGGGUUGUUGCUGUGGAGCAGAGAAUGAGGAGGCAGUGACUGAACAGAACUUUUUUGUGAGAGUUUCACAGGCAUGGAAUCCCCAGUUACCUUUGUCUUCCCAGAAGAGCCACCCCUGUGAGAGUUGUGGACUAGUCUUGGGAAACAUUUUCCACGUGAUGGAGCUGCAGGGAACACAAUACGGACAGAUACUGUUGAGGUGUGGGGCAUGUGCAAAACGGUUUUACUUCAGUGUCAAUAUUCACCAAUGGCAUGUGAGAGAGAAGACUUUCAUUAGAGGUGUGGACAGGAUCUCCCUUGCAAACAGUUGCAAUUUCAAUGUGUCCCAAAAUGGUUUCACAUGUGGGGAGGUUGGUCAGGGUGUUCUUACCGAAUCAGGACAGCUCCACCUAAAGGCUACUCAGACCAGGGACUGUCCAAAUGCUAUUUCGACACAUGGGAUGACAUUUCAAAGGACAAAAAAUUAUUGCGCCAGAAAAGAAUCUAAGAAAGACAUUACUUGUACCCACACAUUUAUUCAGGAAAAGGAUGUCAAUGUUGGAAGUGGAUGUUUUGUGUGCUCUGAAUGUGGGAAAUAUUUUACCGAAUUUUCUAGCUUUUAUCUUCUACAGCAAGGUCACACUGGAGAAAGGCCUUAUCAGUGCAGUGAAUAUUGGAAAGCUUUUAGCAAUAGUAACAGCCUAGGUGAAUAUGAAGCUUUGCACACUGAAGAAAGGCAUUAUGAGUACAGUGAAUAUGGAAACGCUUUUAGUAGUAUUAACGGCCUAGGUGAAUAUGAAGCUUUCCACACUGAAGAAAGGCCCUAUGAGCACAGUGAUUUUGGAAAUCCUGUUACCAAUAGCCCUGCCCUCCAUUAUGAUCAGAGUGUUCUCACAGCAGAAAGGCCUUAUGAGUGCAAUGAGUGUGGGAAAUCUUUUACUAGUAGCAGUAACCUUCAUUGUCAUCAGCGCAUUCACACUGGAGAAAAGCCUUAUAAAUGUAGUGAAUGUGGAAAGUCUUUUUCAACUUUCAAUGGUCGCAAAUAUCAUCACAGAGUGCACUGUGGAGAAAGGCCUCAUCACUGCAGUGAAUGUGGGAAAUCUUUUACCACUUCAUCUCACCUUUACAGUCAUCAGAGGGUUCACACAGGAGAAAAGCCUUAUAAAUGCAGUGAAUGUGGGAAAUCUUUUACCCAUAACAGUAACCUUCUUUCUCAUCAGAGCAUUCACAUUGAAGAAAAGCCUUAUAUAUGUGGUGAAUGUGGGAAAGCUUACAACUCUUUCAUUAAACUUUGUCGUCAUCAAAGAGUGCACAGUGGAGAAAGGCCUUUUCACUGCAGUGAAUGUGGGAAAUCUUUUACCACUUCGUCUCACCUUCACAUUCAUCAGAGAGUUCACACAGGAGAAAAGCCUUAUAAAUGCAAUGAAUGUGGGAAAUCUUUUACCACUAAUUUCCAACUUCACAGACAUCAGAGAGUUCACACUGGAGAAAAGCCUUAUAAAUGCAGUGAAUGUGGGAAAUCUUUUACCAGGAAAAGUGCACUUUGUCAGCAUCGGACAAUUCAUAGAGGAGAAAAGCCUCAUAAAUGCAGUGAAUGUGGGAUGACUUUUAUCCAAAACAGAACUCUCCAAAAUCAUCAGAGAGUUCACACUGGAGAAAAGCCUUUUAAAUGCAGUGAAUGUGGGAAAUCUUUUACCACUAAGUAUAACCUUCAAACUCAUCAGAGGGUUCACACAGGAGAAAAGCCUUAUAAAUGCAAUGAAUGUGGGAAAUCUUUUACCGCUAUGUUCGAACUUCACAGACAUAAGAAAGUUCACACUGGCGAAAAGCCUUAUAAAUGCAGUGAAUGUGGGAAAUCUUUUAGCAGUAACAGUAAACUUUGUCGUCAUCAGAGAGUUCACACUGGAGAAAAGCCUUAUAAAUGCUGUGAAUGUGGGAAAUCUUUUACCACUAAGUCUCAACUUCACAUUCAUCAGAGGGUUCACAAAGGAGAAAAGCCUUAUAAAUGCAGUGAAUGUGGGAAAACUUUCAUCCAAAACAGAGCUCUCAAAUAUCAUCAGAGAUUACACACUGGAGAAAAGCCUUUUAAAUGCAGUGAAUGUGGGAAAUCUUUUACCAGGAGCGAUGUCCAUCGCCGUCAUCAGAGAAAUCAUGGAGGACAAAAUCCUUAUAAAUGCAGUGACUGUGGGAAAACUUUCACCAAAAACACAGCUCUCCAAAAUCAUCAGAGAGUUCACACAGGAGAAAAGCCUUUUAAAUGCAGUGAAUGUGGGAAAUCUUUUACCAGGAACAGUCAGCUUUGUCGUCAUCAGAGAGUUCACACAGGAGAAAAGCCUUAUAAAUGCAGUGAAUGUGGGAAAUCUUUUACCAUUAACAGUGAACUUUGUCGUCAUCAGAGAGUUCACACAGGAGAAAAGCCUUAUAAAUGCAGUGAAUGUGGGAAAUCUUUUACCUGGAAGAGUAUCCUUCGCCAACAUCAGAGUGUUCAUACAGGAGAAAAGCCUUAUAAAUGCAGUGACUGUGGGAAAUCUUACACCAGGAUCACCAGGCUUCACAGUCAUCAGAGAGUUCAUAGAGGAGAAAGUCGUUAUGAGUGUAAUUAAUGUGAGAUAGCUCUCAGCCUAAUUUGUAAAUUUGCUCUGCACAAAAGAGUCCGAAUGUGAAAUGUUUCUCAGAUGUGUUGAAAAUGUAGUUUCUUAGUUAGGACUUAACAGUUGUAUAAGAAAAUAGGUGAAGUCCCAUUAGUCAGAAUUUAUCUCAAACGUUGCAUCACCUACCUUAUGUAACGUACCCGCAACUUUUUUUGCUCUUCUGUUUGCUUGUUUGUAUGUUGGAACCAUACGUAUGUAUGUUGAAAUUUUUAAGAUAAAGAGCUCUCUUGCCAGGUGGAAGAAC